GCUUACAUCCGCAGAGCAGAUGCGGCAGCUUUGUGACGUCAUGCGAACUAUGCAUCGUGGCGGGCGCACGGAAAGUAAAGACGGCAAGCAAAAGCGCCUGGUGUCACACGCUUGGAGCUCCAUGGGCAACCUGAAUUACCAGGACGACAACGCAUCACGACUUCCUUCACGUGAGAACUUCUGGCCGAAGGCUUGA